AAAUAAUUAAAAAAGUAAUGGGGAGUAGCGUGAGUGGUUGAAAGGCAUCGCAUCACGUUGCGUAGGGCGCGAGGCGCGGGGCGUGGGUGCGUGCGUGUGGCGCGCCGCCACCGCCAGUACGCGGCUUUGGGGCUCGGGCUCGAGUCGAGGGGACUCACGCACACUACCGCGCGGGCCUCGUCCACUCAUUCUGGAAUCAAACAACGUAGCGUAGCGGGCCGCGCACACGUGCGCAAGUCACAAAACACGGUUGCCGCUUGUCUACUUGCCUCCCCCCUGCGCUGCUGCCUGCCUCUGCGAGCGGCCGACUCAGCGAGCGCUCAUGCUUCAUUUUGUAAUACUACUCACUUCACUGUGCUCUGCACUGCCUAGUUGUGGUUUGUCCUCGCGAAUGUCGUACGCGUUUUGUGAGUUCCUCGCCAGUGCUCUUUGUUCUGUGAUUUUACCAAACUCGUACAUAAUACUGGGCGCGAAAACUUUGUUUUCGGUGAAGUGAACGUGCGAGGUCAUUUUAGGAACGAUAUAAUAAUACGUAAAAGUGUGUGGUGCGGUAAACUUAUGGUGCAGUUCCGCGCAGGCUCCGUGUUCUAUGCCCGUUGAAAUAACAAACUCGUUUCCAUGCAUACUUAUCAAUUAUAAGUUCAUACCUCGUGACAUUUAACUUGAGUUUUGUGAAACUGUUGAGCAGUGUGUUAUUUUAAUUGAGAGCCGUCCCGAAUCUGUGUAUACUAACACGGUAUAGUUAGGGAACAUGUCUCUGUCCCACGGCGUAGCGCCGGCUUUUGGCACGCUUUGCUAAUAGUGUAAAGUGUUAGUUUGUGAGUCACUGCACGUUGCAAUGUAGGCAGAAUGAUGGAUGUGCAGCUAAACGAAUCGAGUAAGUGGCAGCGCGGACGCUUUCUGUCAACUCUCAACAGAAGUUUUCGAUUAGCAAGUGCCAAAGCAAGAAGUGUCAACAGUUCACCUACAGAGAGCAAAAGCUUUGAACAAAGUUUGGAUAUGACAUCGACUGCAACGGGUUUGAAUUCGUCCACUGAUGGUUCAUGUGCUUUGAGGCCAUUGGAGAUCGUGGCUCCUCGGAUAGACACGUACAGGUUCUCCAUGGCCAACCUGGAGGAGACGCAGGACGCAGACCUGGACGCAAUACUAGGGGAGCUUUGUGCACUCGACUCAGAAUACGAUGAAGAAAUAUCGAGGGUGUCGUCAGCUUUAUCUUCAACAUCAAAGUCUAGGGCUGAGGGGGCUGGGGAGAGCUCUCAGAGGCCAGACAAGGAGUGUGCCGAUGGUGCAUCUAGCAUCGCACGCACCGACUCCCCAGAUAAUGACUCGGCCUUUAGCGACACUGUUUCGAUGCUGUCCAGUGAGUCGUCGGCAUCUAGCAAUACAAGCACGAAAUGUAAAUCAAUGAAGCUGAAUCUCCAUCAGACGCCGAAGGAUGCAAGCUUUCAACUUAAGGCUGAUAAAAUAAAAUUAGCGCUGGAACGCAUGCGUGAGGCUAACAUCAAGAAGCUAUUCAUCAAAGCCUUCUCCAUGGAUGGAUCUUCCAAGAGUCUACUCGUUGACGAAAAGAUGACUUGCGGAUACGUGACACGACUGCUAGCAGACAAGAACCACGUCACUAUGGAGCCGAAAUGGGCUAUUGUGGAACAUUUGCCUGAUCUGCAUAUGGAACGAGUCUAUGAAGACCACGAGAUGCUAGUUGACAAUUUGAUGCUGUGGACAAGGGAAUCGAAAAAUAAGAUUUUAUUCGCUGAGCGACCAGACAAGAUAUCUCUGUUCCAAACACCAGAAAAGUUUCUCUUGACUGAGGACGACCGAGGUUGGUCCAGUGAACAAGACGAGCACUCAAGACAAGUUAUCAUUGAAGAGUUCUUCGGACAAAGUGGAGGGACUACGAGCACCGUGCCGUCCGUUUCAGGUCAUCCAGUGCCUCCCAUGGAAGGGCCACUGUACCUCAAGAAUGAUGCCAAAAAAGGAUGGAAGAAAAUAUAUUGCGUCUUGAGACCAUCUGGACUGUACUACUCACCAAAGGAUAAGGUGAAAACUCUGAAAGAGCUGGUGUGUCUGGCUACAUUUGACACUAACGAAGUUUACAUAGGGUUGAACUGGAAGAAGAAAUACAAGUCACCUACUGACUAUUGCUUCGCGAUCAAACACCCGAGGCUGCAGCAACCAAAGAGUGUUAAGUUUAUUAAGUUUCUGUGCGCUGAUGAUCAACGCACUCUCGAGAGAUGGGUUACUGCGAUGCGUAUUGCAAAGCAUGGAAGACAAUUAUUGGAGAACUAUCGUUCAUUGGUAGAAGAGCUGACUCAAGAAGAUCUCGACCACCUUGCUCACGCUCGCUCAUGUUCAAUCACGUCUAUACCAACAAAGACUAAUGGUAUGCCAGCGCUAGGCAUCAACAGUCCGGCGCAGUCUACUUCCAGCAACGCCAGUGUCGCCAACUCGGAUAUCAGUAGCGGCAGACACUCCCGCACAUCGUCGUCCAGUUCGAGCGGAUGUCUAUCGGAUGGCGGCACCGCUUCCGAAAGCACUUUCGACUGCGAGUUUCCUAUGGGUACGAUAAAACGUAAGCCCUCUAUGAAGCCCAACAUACCACUCACGUGGAUGACGCGUCAAUUGAAGGAGAUGGUGGAAAAGGGUGGUGAUUGCGGUGCAGAGGACGAAGGAGGUGGCGACUCGGGUACUCUGACCCGACGACCUCGCUCCUCGCGCACUGACGACUCCACGCUGAAAAGACAUCAUACCAUCGACUCUACAGAAACAAUAGUAUACAGCAGCUCGACAAACAGUCGUUUGAGCAACACUGGCAGUCCAGUUCGCCACGAGCCUCCAUCUCCCACGUAUGGUCACUAUGAAAGCAUUCCUCGCGACAACAUCUACCGCAACAGUUCCGACAGCGGUUCGGCUUUAUAUGGGUACACGGCUAUUUACGACAAAGUGCAACGACCACCCGCUGUUGCCAGCGUUGAAGAUUUACCUCCGCCUCCGCCUCCAGCUGAUGAUGUUCCCGAUGGAAUGUUCAGCUCGACACUAAGUCUGGAUUCACUGCCACCCCCGCCGCCUCCUCUUGAACCAAUCGAGGAUCUCACUGGCUCUCAACUCAGCUUGCCUCCACCUCCGCCAGAACACACUAUGGAAGCUCACACGGCUGCCGGUCGCGUCCACGAUAUUGUAAACCAGCUGACAGCGCAACAAGUCGAGCAGGCAGCCCGAGCCGGCCAAUCCCGAGUUACUGCUCGCUCCUCUGAGCACAGCCGCACAUUCCCGCGCCAGCCCUCGCUCGACAGCGUACACUCGGAAACAUCCCGAACAUCGUCUCUCCAUUCCGACAAAAGUAUCUAUGGCCAGCAAAAUGUAGCGUAUGGUGCCUGUCUGGCCGAAUUACAGACGAAGAAAAUAAGUAAUGGCAGUCCUUCUAUUCAAAAGAAGUUAACUACUGAGCCUUCUAAAGAACGAACGGGUUCUAUGAAAAAAGUAAAUUUUGCUGAUGAUCUACCCACUUGUUCUGACACUAAAAAGACUAAGAAAAUAUCGUUCAAUUUAAAGGAACAACCGCCGCUGUCACCUAGGAAACCACCACCACCAAAACGAAAUGAAAGCACCAGAUUAUCCUCGCCAAAGAAAUUAGCGGAUUCAAAUAGCAAUCCACCAAAAGAGUUCCUUCGAGAUUUGCAGAGAGUAAUGAGAAAGAAAUGGCAAGUAGCACAAAAGUGCAAACUGGAACCAGCUACUACGCCACAUGAAGUUCUUGGUUUUAGAGAAUAUCCUUUAUCUGAGGACUACAAAGAGACAAGCGUAUCGAUGUGGGUUCAAGAACAUUACGGUGGUGGAGUAGAGGACCCAUUCUAUGAGAACGUGUUCGGCCGUGAUCCUCCGCCGCGCCGAGAGGAACCGAAGCCCAUUAAGAAACGGCCCCCGCCGGCCCCGCCGCGCCGCAGCGAGUCCACGCACCUGUCCACUCACGCGCAAGCUCCCGCGGCGCAGCCCACCGUCUGAGCAGGCAGCACUGUCCGCUACUGUACUGGUCAUUGCUAACACAAGACUAGCAUGCUUCUUUCAAAAUCAGCUAAUGGAAAACGCAAUGUCCUGGAAAUAAUAUUUAUUGGUAUUAUAUUAAUUGUACACGUUAAAUAGGCUAGCGCUGACUCACUAUAACGAAUCUGUGUCCAUGAAUCGCUAAGCAGAUACACGUAGUGAAUAGAAUCUAAAUGUUAUGUAACUUAAGCCUUUUUUAAUAUAACUAAGCUCUCUGGAGUUAGGUAAAUGUGACGUAUUUAACUUGAAACUUGGUUAUAAAACUUAAUAUUAAUAAUGGCUAUAUUGCAUACUAUGCAAAAAGUUUUGUAGAACGUGUUUCUUUUUUGUAAGAAUGACCAAUUGUUAUCAUUUUGAACGCAGUUUAAAAAAUGUAAGAAUCAGAAAGGGGUGGUGCUAUUUUGAAAGGUAUACUAAGGUAUGUAGGUUGGCUUUUUGCAAGUUCACAAACAACAUGAAAUUUAUUAAAUUAAAUAUAAAAUUGGAAAUUAAAACAGAUGUUAUAAAAUAUAUAAAAUAUGUAAUUAGGCGUUAGGAAAUAUUUAACAUAGCGGUCGUAUUCUUUUAUACAUACGCGUUAUGUACUCGUAGGCGAUUGUUGUAUGUGAACUUGCAAAAUAUUAUUUAUUGCAUGAGUUGGAGUUUUGUCAAUUUUAUAUUAUGUUCCUAGUGAAUUAUUGUAUAUGUUUUAUUACGAAAUCGGGCAAUCUGUUUUCACAGAUAGGUAGAAUUUUACUGCAACUGAAUAUAGUUCAUUUUAUGGGAUUAUACAUAUACGUAGUCAUUCAGCUAACUAGAAAAUUAUAUUUAAAUUGCUAUAAUCAUAAUCGAAUAGCUUCACGUAAUAUAUAGGUUUAUAGUUUGAUGUCUUUCUGGGUGUAAGCAGUCUAAGAAGCUUCAGUUGAAGGUUGCCACUCAGCAUAGUUCAGUGAGUGAGCAACCAGUAGUGCGUGUAGUCGUAAGAGAUAUACAGAAAUCGUAAUAUUCCUCGUGUGUGCCAUAAGUUCUGAUUUUGUUACUUAUACGAUAAUUAUGUAAAUGCGCUUUGAUAUAUGUACAUGUAGUCAGUGUUUAGGGGUGCCAGCACUGUGAGCAGUGCCACCUAUACGUAUACACAAUGUACUUGAGAUGAGGAUGGCCCCGACUACUGUCUACGCGUAGCUAGCACAGGGAGGGACAAAAUGAAAAAUAAACAGAACUCCAAUGUAUCUGAUCUCACUGUACCAUCAGUAAGAGUUAUUAUUAUGUUUGGGCUGUGAUUAUAUCGUGACUGGAUUAUUUUCUGAAUACAAUUUAAUUAUGCAACGGCGGCAAAUAAUUUAGACAUUUUAUCGCAUAGAGGUACCUACAGUUAAGUUAAAACAUAGCUAAUAAUAGGCGGAACUUUACGAUUAAAACACAUUAAUUAUUAUAUGUCCACCGUAGUUGGUCUGCUGAACAGCUAAUUAAUAUUGGGUAAACUGUUUACUUUAGCGCAACACUACAGCACUAGAGAUCCAUUCUUGUGUAGCGAAAUAGCUAUUAAAUUAAGCUUUGAAUACCUGACUAGAUUUAAUUAUUUAACGAUAAAUUACAUUUUUGUUUAAUUAUAGUUCGUGAAACUGUUGAGUGGAGACAGUGUUGCAAUAUGAUUGACGCCAUAAGGAGGCCUUAACGAUACAAAAUAUGUGACUGAACAUUUUGCCUAGAUAAAUAUUUUUUUCAUGGGCAUUCAUAUCCACGAAACUACCGAAAAAAAGAGAUGGAACGUACAUACCUUUGGUAAAUGUGGAACAGACUUCAUCCACACAUGAGGAUGAAUGAUGGAGGACUAAGGGUUCCCACCCUUAGUCCUCCUCAAGGUAUCUAACAUUCAGUCGAUGCUGGAAGUUUCUACAUAUUUUACCCUGUCUUUGCUCGCAGUAGGUAUAGAUACUUCGAUUUCAUUGAUAUCAGCUGUCAUACUAUAAAUGCUGUUUCAUUUUAUUACUAUCUUGCAUUCCUUUGCUAAGUUCAAAAUUAUGUGGCACAAAAUACGUGUAGAGAACCGGCUUACUACAUGCAAGCGUUGCAAAUCUAAAGUGAUUAUUAGCAUUACGACGUGAACAUUACAAUGAAAGUAACGUGGAAAAGAGGAGACCAUAUCUGUAAUUAUUCUGGUUUUAUUUUAUGUCUACUGUAAUGGAAGUCCAUCCAAAUUCACAUUCGGAUUAGAAAGACUGAAAAUAUGAAAUAAAAAUCCGAUAUCGACAAUAAGAUUGCGUCCAAGUCUGGAAAUGCUGAAGACAGUCGUUACUGCCGAUGCCGUACGAAAAUGUUAUCUUGUGUCCGUACAGUACGGUACAUUUUUAGAAACGAAUGCUGGUAUUUUGUCAUAACGUAGGAUUCGAAAUUGUCAUUCUGAAAUUGCGUUCAAACGCACUCGCUGUAAUAGCAUGCUUGUGGAGUUUGUAGUAGUGUUACCAGAUUGACGUCUUGCAGGCCAUCAGAGACCCGUGUUAAUGUUACGAAGAGAGCCCGAGUAACACUACCAGCUCCCCACUGGUAACGUACACCAGAAUCAUACAAACAGCCACUUGUAUCGCUCACUUUCCAUUGAUGUUCUAACACGUCCAAUGUUCUAUCUUAUCGAUAUUUUAAGCUUGAAAAUUGUAUUUACAAGUAUUAUAAGUGGAAGACUGCUGGUUAUUAUAAAUGGUUAGUAAAUUGUUUGUAUAUAAGCAAAAUAUCGAUUAGAUACAACUUUCAAAUUAUAUUAUUGGCAACGUUUUCUUAUUUAAGACAUCUUGUUAUCGAUGGCCCGUUUUGGAAUGAUUUACUUUAGUAAAACCGACUGCGCAGGCAUGUUAUCCUACCUACCCUUUAUAUGGAAACUGUGGAAGAACCACAAGAAUGCUAAACCAGCACUGCGUCCAGGGCAGCAGGUUUAACUAAAGUUAACAAAGUCGGGAUGUUUCCAAGUUUGACUUAUAGAUGUGCCCUAAGUCUCAGUAACGGGACUUUAAAGUUUCGAAAAUAAUCACUAACCUUUUUUUAUUGUUGUAUAUAAUAUCAAAUAUCCUAGUUCUAAAUUAUUAAAAUGUUUGCAGCUAACUACUAGUUAGAUACGGGUUGUAUUCUCAUAACUUUGACGCAUACCUAAUAAUGUAUUUGAAAAUGUUUUAGUAAUCACUUUUGUAUAACGCAUUUAUUAGUAUUCUUAAAUAAAAGUUUAAAUUGUACAGAACAAAUUAAUUAUAACAUUAAUUCUUUGUAUAUUUUUUCAAAUAUAAUGAAAUCCCAAGA